CACAGGCGCGCGGUACGGGUUACGGAGCACUAACUAACACAGAGCACGACGCACGCUGACACAAAAAUUAUUUCGCCUAAGCGCACCUCCCCACGCGUGCUUAUAUACCACCCAAGUCACCAGCGCACCAAGUCACAGUCCAACGGACUCUUUCCUUCACUCCACUCCACUCCCAGUCGCAGAGUCGCAGUCCGUACCGUAGCUCCUCCUGCCACCAGAACCCACCAUGGGCCUCUGCUUCAGCAAGAAGAAGCCACCGGCCAAGCCGGGAAAGGUCGCCGCCGCGGUCUCCGACGACAAGGCCAAGAAGAGUCCGGCGCAGCAGCCCAAGAGAGCGGCGGCGGCGGCGGCGAACAAGGCUGCGGUGUCCGCCAAGGACGCCGCGGUGCCCGGGGAGGAGAAGAGGAGGCGGUCGGGAUCGCAAGGGCCGGCGGCCGAGAAGCAGCUGCCGGUAGUGCUGGUGCCGUCGGCGCCGGUGCGCACGUCCAGCUGCACCAAGGAGGAGGUGGACGCGAUCCUCAUCCAGUGCGGCCGGCUCAGCCGGAGCUCGUCCGGGGCCGGAAGGGCGGCGUCGACCGGCGACACGGCAGCGUGCGGCGGCGGGCACCGCAGGAGGCGCUCGGGGUCCAAGCGCAGCUACGACUUCGACCAGGACGGCGGCGCGGACGAGGAGUGCGACUGGGAGAGGCAGGGGCGCGCGGCGCCCGUGUCCAGCAGCAGGCCGUCGCCGCACCGAGGCUCGCCGCAGCGCAAGCGGUCGGGAAGCCGGGAGAGGAGCGGCGCCGGCGCCGGGAGCCGGAGGGCCAGCCGGUCGCCCGGGAGACGCGCUGAUGGCGCUGCUACCUCUGCGGGAUCCGGCGGCGGGGACCGCGCCAGGCAGCAGCCGGGGAAGAUGGUGUCCGUGCCCGCCAGGGAGAAGGGGCGCGCGCCGUCGCCCGUGGCCGCGUCUGGGAAGCGGUGCGCGUCUCCGAGGUCGAGCUCUCCCGCGAGGAUGGCAGCGGGGACGGGGAACGAGAAUGCUGGAGCUUGCGGACCGGCGGCGGGGCCGGCGCCGGUGCUCAGCCGGAGCUCGUCCAGGAAGAACGAGCAGUCCCCGUACAGGCGCUGCCCCAUGGCCGAGCUCGACGACAACGCUCUCCGUAACAGCAGCAACCACGGUGCCAGGCCGCACAAGAAAUCUGCUGAGACUGCCGUCGCCGCGACGCCCAGGAAGGCUACGGGGCGUGGGAAGGAGCCGACGGCGGUGAAAGAAAAGCUGGAGAUCACAGAAGCGUCAGAGACGAGAGCGCACUCGUCCAAGACGUCGUCGAAGACGACCACGACGCCCACGCUGAGCGUCGUGGCCGAGAGCCUGACCCAAAUGCCCGGUGCGGCGCAGCCAGGCUGCCGAUCGCGGCGGGCUUCGCGCGACUUCGACCAAAACCCCGGCUCGUACGCCACACAGCUGCUCGAAGACAUCCACAACUACCAUCAGCAGUCCACCUCCGCCACGCCGGCGACGCCGUCCAUCUCGCUCCCGGCGUGCGUCGCCAAGGCCUGCUCCAUCGUCGAGGCCGUGGCGGACCUCAACUCCUCGUCGUCGGAGAACCGCGCCUACGAGCACGAGCCUGGCCACUCCGCCGAUGACAAAGGCUCCGUCAACGCGCCGGUAGGCAGCGGCAGCGACGGCUUCGUCGAGCCGAGCGCCGCCGCGCGGAAGCACCUGCUGCCGGCGCGGGACGCCCACGCGGAAACCGAGCCCCAGGAGUCGGCCGGGAGCAACAGCGUCUCCGGCCACCCGUGGACGCCCUCCUGGGAGCCCACCUCGGCCGAGUCCACGGACCGGACGUGGAGCACCGGCGACGAGGUUGUCGAGCAGUCCGGCAGUCACGGCGGCCGCUGCAGCCCGAUGAACAGGCACCAACUGAGCAAGCAGAGGCAGUGCCAGCCCGAGCUCAGUGGCCGGUCCCGCGCCGGCUCUGGAAAUGCUAACGGCCAGUACCGUGGGCGCAGCAGCGCUCAUCGUGCCAGCGGCAGCGUGGCGAGCGGACGGUCUGGUGUCCGAGUCGUCUCGGCGAACUCGUAGUGUGGGUAGUAGAAAUUGUAGCCAGAGGCAAGAUGGAUUGCUGCUCUGCUCCGUGUAUGUGUUUGUGUUUCUUUGUUAGCCAUACUUUGUUCGGAUGUGAUUCAUGGUGUGACAUUUUGCGCGCCAUUUCAUGCAUGCGUUGGUUCGCUUGUAGCCAGAA